UUACGACAGAUUUCGCUACUCAGCGAUGGAAGACUGUUUAAGCAGCUGUGAUAGUUCAUAUUUCACACUAUAACUAAAACAGUCGCCGUCUCAGGCUGAUCGAUGGAACGAUCGUGAUAUGCCGCAGCCAGGAACCCAGUGAUCGAAACAAAUCGCAAGAGGCUGAUGUUUUUUCUUUUCCUUCGUGGAUUCCUGGGCCGAGUUCAGCCAGACGGAGUAGCAAAACGUUCGCUAGAGUGGUUGAUGCGCUUCACUAUAAACCAAAUGGCUACGUCGAGAAUCAAUUAAAUAGUUCGCUGGCUGAACUAGGGUCUGAUGUCGUUGCCCUUCGAAUCUAUGCCGUGGAAAAUACCGCGACACAGGAGAGUGGCUCAUCGCUCAACCAAUGUUGGCUUGACAUCAGGACGGAGAAGAUAAUAUAAAUAUCUGUUCAAAACUCUGGAAACGGUGAAGAUAAUAUUCAGACUAAAAACAAUAUACUUAUAGACAGGACACCAUAGCCUUAAACAGAAGAUAAUAUAUCUUGCAUAAGAAUUAAAAAUAUUCCGACAGAGAAGACAGGGUUAUAAUACAUAGACUUGGAAAAUAUUAGAGAAGAUUCUUAUAGAUGGACUUGGACAUCAUAGCCUAAAAAUAAUGUGUAUACCUUGCAUGGAAUCAGAAAAUAUUGUUCUAACAGAGAAGAUAUUGUUAUAAUAAACUCCGAACCUAUAAUCCUAAAAGAGAAGAUAAUACAAUUGUACUCAGGAAAUGUUAACGUAACAGACGGGCUACUUACUACUAGUGUGUUUACAUACAGAACCGGAUAGUUCCAGCCUAUCAGUGUAAAGCGAGAAUAAUAAUCCGUUCUCUUACAGUCUGACCUAUAAAAGGUGGUUUUAUUCCCUCAUGCGCUGACAUACAUUAAUGUUAAGUACAUAUACCUGUGUUGUAUUCGUGAUAUCACCUGUAGCAUCCAGGUAAACGAGAGACAGAGGAAGAGAGAGAGUUGAAGACAGACCGCUGCGGACCACAGUUACAGGAUGGCGGAAUCCACGAGGAGAGUUGUCAUCGCCGCUGAUCUCAGUGAACACAGCGACUUUGCCUUUGACUGGUACCUGCAUCAUUUCCACAAACCAGAGAACCACGUGUACGUGGUCACGUGUCCGGAGUUCAACAUGGGUCCGUCCGAUGUCUCCGCUGCCAAGAUUGAGGAGAUGAUCGACGAGGCUAAUGCGAAGUCAGAUCAACUGAAGAGAAAAUUCCUACACAAGAUGAACGAAAACAACGUGACAGGAGAGUUCGUUGCGCUGGACGAAACCAAGGUGGGUAAAGCAGUCUGUGAAUUUGCCAACAAAGUGAACGCCAAUUACAUCGUGACCGGAACUCGAGGAUUGGGUAAAGUCCGGAGAACGCUCCUCGGCAGCGUCAGCGACUACAUCAUCCACCACUCCCACUCGCCUGUGGUGGUGUGCCGACCACCUGUACACCAUGAUGAUAAACAUCAACACUGACCACGGCCUUGACAUCAGUCAUCCAUAUCGCCGCCACUGACCUCUGGUGGCUAAUUUUCUUAUUUGUAUAAUCGGACUUUGUACAAUGUUGAAUGUUUCUAUGGCUACCAGCUCUUCUAAUGUGUUUGUGUAUUUCUUCGAAAUAACUAAUUCCAUAAAGUGUACAAAAGCUAAAUUAAGAAUUUUCAGACAAAAAAAAAACGAUAGAAUUUUGAAAAUAUUUACAGAAAUUUAAAGUUUAUUCAGGGCCUUAUCGUUCCAGAAUAAAAUACGAAAAAGGCCCUUUUAAUUGAGAAACGUGUAUCCUUUUUGGUUCAAAUCGAAAAAGACCCUAUGUAAAGCCCAAAACACACAGCAGCUGCGUGUCGCGAGUGUGGUGCAAAGACACCAAGUCUGGUGUCUUUUUUAGGUCUAGGUCUUAACUGUUACGGCUCGAACAUUGUGCAGCUGCCAGUCUGGUAGUGUGAAAAUACAGUACAUGUUCUAUGUCGUCUGUUGCCGGAUCUGAAGUCCACUCAUGCACAGACGUGAUGUGUUUUAUCACAUUUGAUACAGUGCGUUUCCUUUUUAACUGGUACAAUACUCGCCAGACUUGGGCCCAGACCAAUUUCGGUGUGUUUUGGGCUUUACUUUGCUCCCCUGUUAUUUUAGGCUGGGUACGGCUCUUUGAUUGUAAAAUUGUUGAUUUGCAAAGAAAAAUAAAUGAUGUCUGAACAGCU